AUGACUACAAAAAAAUUUUCGGAUUUUCUUGAAGAAAGUCCAAUCCUUAAUCCACAACAAACCCGUCGAAAAAUUUUAUUACCCUAUAAACCAAAUUCUUCAUCAUCACUCGAACUUUAUCAAUGGGCAUCUACCAACUAUUUUCAGUCUUCAUUAGAUCAUGUAUACUUUGUUUCGGUAAUAAAUAUACCACGAAUACGCUACCCUGCACCUGAUAAUGUAUGGUCUUUCGGAUAUCAAAGUAACGUUUCCACAAAUUUUGAUUAUGAAAAGAAUCUUCAACGUAUAAAGAAUGAAGAAAACGCUGUGAAAAAUGGUUUAGAAGAUAUUGUUAAUGAAUUGAGGUCCAAGAAUAUCACGAGUAGUUUGAUAAUCAAAAAAGGAAACACGCAUAAAGAACUGCUCAGUGCAUGUAAAUCUAUAAAACCUGAUGUCAUAUUGAUGAGCCAUUCUAACAAUGACCAUCAACGUCGCAAACUUACCAAAUUAUUUAAAUUAUUUGACCGAUCAAUUGUAAAUUUGAUGAAAAAGAAAUUCCCGAAUAUACCUAUUGUGAUUAAUGAUGAUGAUGAUAAUCAGGAUAAUAGCAAAUCUUGUUCGUGCUCAAAAUUUUGUUCAUCAAAUACAGAGAAAGGUGAACGUAUACAUAAAUGUAAAAUUUAUGACAAUCGAACUUCUAAGAAAGGUUUUCAUCGUGUAUUUAAGAAAGUGAAACGGCAAAUGUCACUGAAAAGUUCAAUGGAAGACUCUAAACAUUAUCAUCAAUUAAGUGAAGGCUGA